AUGGCCGACCUGGGGAAGAAGUACUGCGUGAACUGCCUCGCAGACGUUACCAACCUGCGGCUGCGCUGCACCGACUGCCCGGACAUCGAACUGUGUCCAGAGUGCUUCUCGGCCGGCGCGGAAAUCGGGAACCACCGGAGAUGGCACGGCUACCAGCAGGUCGACGGCGGCCGGUUCUCCCUCUGGGGUCCCGAGGCAGCGGGAGGAUGGACCAGCAGGGAAGAGCAGUCGCUGCUCGAUGCCAUCGAGCAGUACGGCUUCGGGAACUGGGAGGACAUGGCCGCCCACGUCGGAGCAUCCCGGACCCCUCAGGAGGUCAUGGAGCACUACGUCACCAUGUACAUCCACGGGAACCUGGGCAAAGCCUGCAUCCCCGACAGCAUCCCCAACCGGGUGACGGACCACACGUGCCCCAGCGGGGGGCCGCUGUCGCCCAGCCUCACCACGCCGCUCCCGCCGCUGGACAUCAGCCUGGCCGAGCAGCAGCAGCUGGGCUACAUGCCGCUCCGGGACGACUACGAGAUCGAGUACGACCAGGACGCCGAGAAGCUCAUCAGCGGGCUCUCUGUGAACUACGACGACGAGGACGUGGAGAUCGAAAUGAAACGCGCCCACGUGGACAUGUACGUGCGGAAGCUCCGAGAGCGCCAGCGGCGUAAGAACAUCGCCCGGGACUACAACCUGGUGCCGGUGUUCCUGGGCCGAGACAAGAAGGACAAGGAGAAGGAGAAGCCUGGCGUGCCUGGAGUCACUGGCACUCCUGGUGGUGUGGGGGUGGCGGGAGCAGGCAGUGGCCCACCUGGAUCCGGUUCCACCACGGCGGCGGGGUCGGGUUCUGUUCCCAGCGCGCCCAAAAGAAAGAUCACCAAGGAGGAGAAGGACCAGCGGGUCCGGCUGCGGGGGCUCUGCCAGUUCAUGGCCCACCGGGAGUUUGAAGACUUCUUCGAGAACAUCCACAAAGAGCGGCUCCUAAGGGCCAAAGUACGGGAGCUGCAGCGCUUCCGCCGCAACGGCAUCAUCCGCCUGGACGAGUCGGCCGAGUACGAGUCGGCGCGCCACAAGCGGGAGAAACGCAAGGAGAACAAAAGUGUGGUCACCUCCAAGCGGGGCAGCGCAGGAGGAGGCGCGCUGGGCUCUGGGAUGGGUCUAGGGGGUGGAGCAGGAGCAGGAGGAGGUGGCCUCGCUGGAGGGCUGGGCGUUGGAGGCGGGAUCAAAGAAGAGGGCAAAGAUGGCGAGUUUUCCGCCAUCGAGAAUCUGGCGGGCUUUGAGCUGCUGUCUGACCGGGAGAAGGUUCUGUGUAACUCCCUGAGCCUCAGCCCCGCCCGGUACCUGACUGUCAAGACCAUCAUCAUCAAAGACCACCUGCAGAAGAGGCAGGGCAUCCCGGCCAAGAGCCGGCUGCCCGGCUACCUGGACAAGGUGCUCAAGAAGCGCAUCCUCUCCUUCCUCACGGAGAGCGGCUGGAUCUCCAGAGACGCCUCGUAGCGCCGACCUCCGAGCAGGAAGUGGUGGUCGUCGCUGAUGGCUGAUUGGCUAUGAGCUCCGUGGGCGGGACAAAGCUAGCGGCGACCUUGUGAAUAUGUACAUUGCGAAGAAAGAGGAUGAAAAAAAAACCGGUUUAUUUUCAUACCAUGUUUAGGAAGAAAAACUAGCCUAUAUUUUUACAUUUGGAAAGUGAGUGUCCACAAUGUUGCUCCAGACAUGAGAAGACGAUGUAACACUUUGUGUUAGUGCAACAGGGUCGUCGAUGACUUUAGAGCCAAACGCCGACGGGGCAGAAGCCACUUGCACCUGAACGGAAAUGAGAAUGAAAAAUGACGUAUCCUCACGUUGUGGCUUGGGAUGUUUCUCGAAGUGAUCACCGGUGUCAGCUGUUUCAUCAAAUCCGGAGUAAACUCUCAUUUCGUCUCACUUUCCCUCUUACUGCCUAAAAGUGAAGAAAAAAAGCCUCAAUAGUCAUCGGCUCUUUGUACUGAAGGCAAAGGGUAUGUCUGGUCCCACAGAUACAGGCUGACAAGAGUUAUAUAUAUAUUUAUAUGUAUAUAUAUAAUCUCUCUCAGUAUUGGUACACAAGAACUGUAUGUAAAUAAAUGCCAAAGAAUAUUAAAAGGUUUUCAGACUGUUGUCGUGACAUAAACUGUUCAAAACAA